CGGAGCGCACCAGCGGAUAACCAUGCCCGACCUCGGUUGACGACGGCGUAUCUUUGCUCCCGAAUUCUGCAAGCCGAGCAUGCUCAACAUCUGCACUGAACCGACUCAAAAGCCAGCCUGUCCCUCAAAAGCGCCUAGUACGACUGUUCCUUUUUCUCCAGAGCUGCAUUGACGUCGUCUGGGGCGACCGAAGCUAAUCAAGUCAUGUCGGCCUUCAGUCGCAACCUCUGCAGUACCGCUUCACGAAACCUCCGAUCGCGAGCCAGCAUCGUCGCCAGAGCCACCACCAGGCCAAUUGCUCUCCGAGCCUGUCCCUCAAUCUCAGCAACCUCCAGAGCGACAGCUGCAUCGUCGUUUUCCACCAUGACGGUCCUCCAGAGCAACGUGAAGCAGGCGCUGACCAAGCGCGAGUACGACCCCGAAAUCAAGGACAUUGCCAGCUACAUCCACAACACGCCCGUCAACUCGGAGCUCGCGUUCGACACGGCUCGCUGGGUGUUUGUCGACACGCUCGGCUGCGGUCUCGAGGGACUGCGGUUCGAACAGUGCAGGAAUAUUCUGGGCCCCGUUGUCCCAGGCACGACAGUUCCCAAUGGCACAAAGGUGCCCGGCACCAACUACCAGCUCGACCCUGUCAACGGUGCCUUCAAUAUUGGCGCCAUGAUCCGAUGGCUCGACUUCAACGACUGCUGGCUAGCUGCCGAGUGGGGCCACCCCUCUGACAACUUGGGUGCUAUCCUCGCAACUGCCGACUGGAUUACACGCACAAACAAAGCUGGGGGCAAUCUCGGUAAUGGAAAGAUCUUCAAGGUGCGAGAUGUGCUCGAGGCUAUGAUUAGGGCCCACGAAAUCCAGGGUUGCAUGGCUCUCGAGAACUCGUUCAACAAGGUCGGCCUUGACCAUGUCAUUCUCGUAAAGCUUGCGUCAACUGCAGUAGUGUCCAAGAUGAUGGGACUCAGUGAGGCUCAGACGCGUGAUGCCAUCUCACAGGCCUUUGUUGAUGGGCAGUCGAUGCGCACCUACAGGCACUCGCCAAACACCAUGUCACGCAAGUCAUGGGCUGCAGGGGACGCCUGUCAGACAGCUGUCAAUCUCGUACUCAAAGUCAUGAAGGGCGAGCAAGGCCUGCCCACUGUGCUCUCAGCUCCCACCUGGGGCUUCUACGACGUCAACUUUGGCGGCAAGCCGUUCAAGUUCCAGCGGCCAUACGGCAGCUACGUCAUGGAGAAUGUGCUCUUCAAGGUCUCGUAUCCUGCGGAGUUUCACUCGCAGACAGCGGUCGAAGCCGCCCAGCGCCUCAACAAGAAGCUAAAGGCAAUGGGCAAGAGUGCCGAGGACAUUGAGGGUGUCGUGAACCGGACGCACGAGGCGUGCAUUCGUAUCAUCGACAAGCAGUUCAAGCCCAUGGAGAACUUUGCUGAUCGCGAUCACUGCGUGCAGUACAUGGUGGCCACCAUGUUUGUCUUUGAUCGUCUGGAAGCCACCGACUAUCCUGACGAUAGCGAAGCGGCGACUUCAGCCCUGGUCGAGUCGCUGCGUCAGCGCAUCAGCUGCGUCGAGGACCCCCAGUUCACCAAGGACUACCACGACCCGGAGAAGCGAACCAUCUCUAAUGCGCUCACGGUGACGCUCAAGGACGGCACGGUGCUGGAGGAGGAGGUAGUUGAGGCUCCGCUGGGCCACCGAUUGCGACGUGAAGAGGCCAAGCCUGAGAUUCUCGCCAAAUACAAGAGGCAUCUCGGCCCGCAUUACCCGGCCGACCACGUCGACAAGCUGGUUGGGCUGGCACAGGACAGCAAGACGCUCGACAACAUGGACAUUGACGAGUACGUCGACCUGUAUGUCAAGAACUAGGGAGAGACUAGGCGUCGAUGCCGCAAUCAUAGCUAGAUUAAGUGCGGCGGGCUGGCGUGAGGCGCCUCGGCAACGCUGGGCCAUGUCGUGUUUUGUUACUUAGCUAAUGCACAUCCACAUGCAGUCCAAGGUUCUGUGCUUGGAUAUAGUUUGUUCUAUGCACAUCCCUGUCGCGUGCGCUUAGUAGGCACGUUGGAACGU